AGCCGUGAAGUUGAUAGGUUAUCGAUAUCGCGAAAAAGUAAAAUUCGCUAAAAGUUCGUUUUACGUCAAAUCAACAGUGCACUCUCCUACUUCUUUCGCAUACGAUCUGAUCUAGAAAAACGGUGCGCUUUCGCAAAUUUUGCGGGUUCGAAACGCGCAAGCGCGCCUUACUUAAGUAAUGCUAUAUAAGCGUAACCUCUACGUUUAUCUUUGCUGCGUGAAAAUUCAACGUGUAAAUAAAAUGUGUGGAAUUCCCUUUCAGUUCACUUUUAUAAGGUGAUAAGUGUACGUUAAUCCGCUUGAAUAACCGCAAUGUUCUGAUCUUCCAUUUUUUAUACCCACGUGUUUGCCGGCAUCGCGCGCGGCCCCCCCUCUCGUCUCGCGUCCCGCUUCGUCAAUCACGUGUGAAGGUAAAUAAUGCAAAAUUCGCAUAUUUGCCCGUGAUAAUUUUAAAGUAUUUCUCCAAUAUGCAUCGAUUGUGAUUUUUAAUUAUAAGACUGAGCGCAAAAAAAAUGUGUGCCGUUCGCAAUUCGUCGGAGGACAGGAACCAUAACGGGUACAUAACUGUUUUUAACCCCACGACCGAGACCUACCACUUCGAUCCUAGCAAAUCUAAGGGAUGGAUAGGAUCACGUCACGUCGUUACGUUCAUGCUGUUCCUGGGAAUGGCGAACGCCUACGUUAUGAGAACCAACAUGUCCGUCGCGAUUGUAGCGAUGGUCGACCACGACGCUAUCGCGCCCGAAAAUCCCGAAAUAGACGAAGAGUGCGGCGCAUAUAACGCGACGAAACCGCCGAUGGACAACGGCAACGGCGAAUUCGCGUGGGAGGCCGACAAGCAAAGCCUCAUAUUAAGUUCCUUUUUCUACGGUUACGUUGUUACGCAGAUUCCCUUCGGGAUCUUGUCGAAGAAAUUUGGAGCGCUGUGGUUUUUGGGCGUGGGAAUGUUGAUUAAUUCGGUAUUCGCAUUCCUGGUACCGGUAUCGGCGCAUUGGGGUUUCGGAUGGUUGCUAGCGUGUCGCUUUAUUCAAGGAUUAGGGGAGGGCCCUAUUGUACCAUGCACGCAUGCGUUGUUGGCUAAGUGGAUUCCUCCUAACGAAAGAAGUCGCAUGGGCGCAUUCGUUUACGCAGGUGCACAGUUUGGAACGGUCAUUUCGAUGCCUUUAAGUGGGCUAUUAUCCGACUCAUCACUUCGAUGGCCAUCGGUUUUCUACGUUUUUGGAGCUAUCGGUACCAUUUGGUCGAUUUUAUUUCUACUGUUCGUGUUCGAAGAUCCGGAACGUCACCCCAGGAUUUCAGACGAGGAGAAACAUUACAUUAAGAAAUCCUUGUGGGGGGCGGCGAACGCAACGUCUCCACCCAUACCGUGGAAAUCCAUCGUGACGUCGUUGCCAUUUUGGGCCAUCCUCAUCGCGCACAUGGGUCAUAAUUAUGGCUACGAGACUUUAAUGACCGAACUUCCUUCGUACAUGAACCAAGUGCUGCACUUCAGCCUGAAAAGCAAUGGAUUCUUGUCGGCCUUGCCGUACCUCGCCAUGUGGAUUUUUUCAAUCUUCAUCAGUCACGUGGCCGACUGGAUGUUAACAAGCGGCAGAUUCUCGCACACUGUGGUUAGAAAAGUGAUCAACGGAAUUGGUCAAUUCGGUCCAGGAAUCGCAUUAAUCGCGGCAGCUUUCACCGGUUGCGAUCGAUGGCUGACAGUGGGUCUACUCACCGUCGGCGUCGGCCUUAACGGCGGCAUAUACUCAGGCUUCAAAGUAAACCAUUUAGACAUAUCGCCCAGAUUCGCCGGAAUUCUCAUGGCAUUCACGAACUGUCUGGCCAAUCUCGCCGGAUUACUCGCGCCGCUUUACGCCGGAUACAUGGUCAAAGGCCAGCCGACGCUAAAACAGUGGGGAAAGGUGUUCGUGACCGCGGGCGGUGUUUAUAUAGUCGUCGCCACGAUCUUCGCCAUAUUUGCCUCGGGCGACAGGCAGCCGUGGGACAAUCCCGACAACGACGAAAAAACCGAACAAACUCGCAGCGCGGAGAACGGCGAGAAUCACACGAAUGUCCAAGUGACGGAAACGUAGAAUUAAUUUUAAGUUUAAACCUUAAGUACAACGUUAUAUUUAUUUUUUAAUUUUCCUGUAGUUAUAUGAGUAGAUGUGGAUAAGUGCGAGCGAACGUGUUAACAGUAAACCUUUUUUUAUAAA